AUUUAACAACCGCUUGACUCUUCUUUCAAUCAAAACUCGUGAGAUAUAUCACUCCUCAAAACAUAAUAUUACUAUCAGAAGUCGAAACACGAAUGUCUUCUGAAAUCGGCCCCGACAGCAGCGACCCCAAUGUUCACGAAACGAAAGAAACGCUGAUCAGGCGGCUUGAAGAGAAGCCUAUUCGGGUGAGACGUAUUCGUGCGAGACCACAGCCGUGGAUUCCACCUCAAGAUGCUAUUGACAAAUCAUGGGCCCGCUCCAGCGUCAAAAUCUUCAGCGCCGCUACGACAGUAUUGCCAAUCUCAGAUGCCGACAGAGCAGACCAUCAACAAGCAUCGGUGCCUCCAGAACAAGGACAACUGGUAGCUGCAAACUUCGAGGAGGCGGCUACGAUUUGUAAGCAAAAGGUAACCAAAAUUGUCAAGGAGCAUCAAAGAGUCAAUCAGAGAUACCGCGAUCCUCACUUUGACAUCGACCUGGAUCUCAAGUCGAGGAGGGGAAUUUGUCUUGGUACAUUGGAUGAGCCUACAAAGUGGAUCAUUGAUGAUGGUCCCGAUACUCGGCCCAAUGCACAACUACCUAAAUCCGUAAAGCGUGUGGAUAAAAUCUUCGACAAACGCAAGAAGACAUUCUCACCAGAUACAGCUUCUUCUGCGGAUAUCAUCCAAGGGAAAAUCGGGAACUGUUGGCUUAUGGCUUCCUUAAUUGCUUUAGCCACAAUGCCGGAGAUGAUCGGCCGCAUUUGUGUAGCAAAAGAUGAAAAAAUUGGUGUCUAUGGCUUUGUAUUUUACAGAGAUGGCGAAUGGAUACCAUCCAUCAUUGAUGACAACCUGUAUCUAUCAACCGCCGAUUGGGACUCCCAAACUGAAUAUGGGGGCUUUUCAAUCGAGAGGUAUGUCCUUGAGAAGAGCGAGCUUGAGGACAAGGAGAAAGAGCACUUGAAACUUCACCAAACAGGCUCCAAGGCUCUGUGGGGUUGCCAUUGUCGAAAUGAAAAUGAGACAUGGCUUCCACUACUCGAGAAAGCAUAUGCUAAAGCUCAUGGUGAUUACUACUCGAUGAACGGUGGAUGGCCGGGAGAAGGUCUUGAAGACCUCACAGGUGGAGUGACAAUGGAACUGCUAACAUCUGAUAUCUUGAACGAAGACGAAUUCUGGAACGAUGACCUGAGAAAUGUCAAGAAGAAGUACUUGUUUAGCUGCGCAACUGGAGUGCUGGACGCAAUUCAUCAAGAUUGGAAGAGACAGGGUAUUGAAGAAUUACACUCUUACACCAUCAUGGAAGCCAGAGAAAUCGAUCUGCAAGACAAAGAUGGUAGCUCUAGACAAGUUCGAUUGUUGAAACUUCGCAAUCCUUGGGGCACGUCAAAGCAUGGAUCUUGGCAAGGAGCUUGGAGCGAUGGGUCGAAAGAGUGGACGCCAGAAACUCUCAAAGAACUCAAUCACCAACAGGGAAUUGACAGCGUCUUUUGGAUCUCCUAUGAAGACUUUCUGAGAAAGUACGAAGUCAUUGACCGAACUCAUCUCUUCUUGGAGCCAGAAUGGAGAAUUGCACAACAAUGGACCAGCAUCGAAGCUCCCUGGAGCGCCAGCUAUCACGAAACCUUCCAAUUCACAUUCAAGAAGCCUCCAGCUUCCGAUGGCCACGUUGUAAUAGUACUGUCACAGCUGGAUGACCGCUAUUUCCGAGGCCUCGAAGGUCAAUACUUCUUCAAAUUGAAUUUCCGACUGCAUUCUUCAGACAACCUAGGUGGAGAUGACUAUAUUGCCCGUAGCCACGGGAACUCUAUCAUGUUCCGUAGUGUGGUGGCAGAACUGCCUGAUCUGCAAGAUGGAACGUAUUCUGUUGUUGUGAAAGUCGUUGCGGAACGCAACCAGAAGGCAUAUUCCGUAGAGGAAGUGGUGGAGAAGAUGUGCCGCGACAAGACCGACAAAUACCGCGAAAAGUUCUCCCAAGUUGGAUUAUCGUACAACAUGGCUCAUUCGAAAGGUGCUAGUAUGAUGGAAGCACAGAUCCAAAAGAGGAAGGGGGAGGAGAGACGAAAGGCUUGGAAGAAGAGGCACGAGGAGAAGAAAAGACACAUCAGGAAGUUCAUGGAAAAAAGGGGUAUGGUUGAGGCUCGGCCAUUUGAUACCCCACCACCGAAGCUCGAGAAGACUGAGAAGGAUAAAUCUCAGUGGCCUCCACCAGCUGCAAACGCUAAUCUGCGCCGACGGAGACAGUCAGAUCAGCCUGGUCUUAAACCGACUCGCGCAUCUACUUUGCCUGCCAUGCGAAUAGCCAGUUCGGAUGGCGCUGCUGCCCAGAUCCCAAGCACAAUCCCAAUUUCUCAUUUGCAGAACAUCCCAUUAGUACAGAAGCCAGAGGUAGCCCUUCCAUCUAUCACUGAGAAGGUGGAGUUGGUAGAAGAGCCAGCGGAAAUGCAGCCACCUGCCGCCAACAACAACCACCCAAUGGCAGAGCAUGCCAAGCUGGACCACCCGACACAACAAGAACUCCGUCCACACUACCAAGAAAGAGACGAUUAUUUCCAAGACGAGUUUUCCGAGGCAUCCUCUGAAUACCAUAGCGAUACCGAUUCCGUGAACAGCUUUGGCCCAGACGAAGAGUAUCAACGCCUAUUCUACGACCCUCCUCGGCCUACUCAGCGGCCCGAAGAGCAGCAUCCUUUCAGAGAUGAUGAUGAAGAUAUUGUUAGUCCCUGGAAUGCCGUUUGCGUGGUCGGGCUGAGAGUAUAUUCCAAAGAUCCUGAUCUCCGGGUUGAUGUGGUCAUGCCAGGAGAAGGAGAGAAACCGGGCUUGGACAUCGAUGAUAAGCAGGCGGGCGUACCGGUAGAGUCCCCUACUGAGUUCAGUAGAGAGUUGCCUUUGAGGAAGCUGAAUCGGGCGUUUACGAGUCCGGUUGUGGGGAACUCGUCGUGGCCGAGCUUGUGAUGGGAUGGGUGAGCACCUGAUCUGUUGAACAUGGAUAGGAAAGUAAAUGGUUUACAAUGAGAUAACCGAAACACACUUGUACAGUGGUGAGCCGCUUGGGUGUGGAUGAAA